GUUAUCUGAUAAAACCCUCUCAUAUGUGUUUACUGUGUACUGCUACGUAGUCAACUCGCAAGGCAUUAAAACAGCACCAAAGAAUCCCGCCCAGUAUUUGAGCAAAACAUCGGCUAUGUGAAACCUUCUUCCAGAUCUCCAGUGCACACAGACGCAGUUUAUCAUGCUGUAUUCUCUAGGAAGAGCCGAAGGCGUCGGCAGAAAAUUGGCACCUUUCAAUGAAUUCGUCGUGCGGACUAUAAAGUCGAAGCCUGCCGAUUUAAACGUGCAAAGCGCAACAGCAGGGUCCGGGAAAUAUAAAACUAUAGACGACUUACCAGGGCCCAAUCUGGCCACCACUGCAUACUGGCUCUUCGGUAAAGGAUACGCCGAUAAAAGUCAUGCAAUGCAGGUGGAGCACAAGCGCCUGUACGGCCCGAUCUGGCGUUCUCGUUUUGGUCCGUUUGAUGUGGUGAAUGUGGCGAAUGCAGACCUCAUCGCCCAGGUGAUCCGGCAGGAGGGCCAGUACCCAGUACGGUCAUAUCUUCCCCACUGGAAAGAGUAUAGAGACAUGAGAGGACAAGCGUAUGGAAUCCAUGUGGACACAGGCCCUGAGUGGUAUCGCAUCCGCAGCGCUCUCAAUCCUAAAAUGCUCAAACUGAAGGAAGUAGCCGCAUACACGCCCAUCAUUCACGAGGUCGUGUCCGAUUUGCUGAAGCGCAUGGAGCUUCUGCGUCUACGCAGUCACGAUCAGGCCACUGUCACCGACGUGGCUUCCGAGCUCUACAAAUUUGGCUUUGAAGGAAUCUCUUCGAUCCUGUUUGAAACACGACUGGGAUGUCUACAGGAGGAAAUACCCACGGACACACUGCGCUUCAUAUCCGCCGUUAAUGACAUGCUGACACUUUCAGAGACCGUCCUGUUUUUCCCACGCUGGACCCGAAGCUUCCUCCCCUACUGGAAACGGUUUGUCCAGGCGUGGGAUGACUUGAUUGACGUAGCAAGCCGUCUGAUUGACAAGAAGGUCCAGCAGAUAGAAGAUCAGGUUGGUCGUGGAGAGCAGGUGGAGGGGAUGUAUCUCACUUAUCUGCUGUCCAGCAACAAACUCAGCUUAGCAGAGAUAUACAUCAGCCUCACAGAGCUUCUGCUGGGAGGUGUAGACACGACCUCUAACACACUUUCGUGGACUUUGUACCACCUGGCGCGCGAUCCAAAGAUACAGGAGCGACUCUAUAAUGAGAUUAUGUCUGUGUGUCCCAGUGGUGAACCCACCACAGAGCACCUGACCAGAAUGCCUUACCUGAAGGCUGUCAUCAAAGAAACUCUCAGAAUGUAUCCUGUUGUUUCUGGUAACGGCCGCCUGAGUGAGGAUACUGAAGUAGUCAUCAAUAACUAUUGGUUCCCUAAAAAGACGCAGUUUCAUCUCUGCCACUACGCUGUCAGUCACGAUGAAAAUGAGUUUCCCGACCCAGAACGGUUCAUUCCAGAGCGCUGGCUGAGGGCGAGCGCGACUCGCUCGCAACAUCACCCCUAUAGCGCAAUCCCAUUCGGUGUUGGAGUGCGGGCCUGCGUGGGGAAGAGGGUGGCUGAGCUGGAGAUGUACUUUGCUCUCAGUAGACUGAUGCAACGCUAUGAGGUCAGACCAGAGGAGGGGGCUGGAACGAUACAACCCAAAACUCGAACCCUGCUGAUUCCCGCUGAACCCAUUAACCUUAAGUUUCUGCUCCGGGCUUAAAGAGACACCAGCCAGCUCCGAGAAAGCUUUUAAGAUGAAUUGUGGACUUUUAAUUCAUUUAAUUCAAACUUCUUUCUGUGCAUUGGAGUCCUUAGAAGAGAGCACAUGUGGACGAUCCAAACGUAAUGAAAUGGGGUCAGAUAUUUGAACCGAUAUUGACAGCCGAGGCGUGUGGAGUCAGAUGAUAAACCUUUCUUGCAUAGUCAUUAUUGCAGACUAAAAGAAACAAGAGAUCUUUUGUCUGCAGACGUGGUAGAUAUAGAGCUUCACAAAAGCAUUUCACCGCUUUUGUCAGAGAGUCUGAACAAGCUCAACGUUUUUCACCUUUGCUGGGUUUUAUAAACACUCAAUGGUAAAUUCAUAGAAUAAAUACUGAAGACAUAAAGUUAUUUUGUUAACGAAGAAAAAUGUGAAUAUUUAGGAUUUGGAAAUGCACUUUUCCUUAAAUAUUUGCUUAAUAAUAAGCCGAAAGUAAGAGAGAAAAUAAUUGUAUAUUUGAGCAAGACUGUGAAGGCUUAAGAUAAAAAUACAAAAUAAUUAAAUAAAUAAAUAGAAAUUUUAAAAUAAAAUAACUAUAAAAAGUAACUGUAAAUGUAAGUGUAAAUAAACGGCUGCAAAAUUGCUAGUUUUUCCUUUUAAACAUCAUACUUAUUUCGUUUUUAUGAUAAUCAUUGUAAUAUGUGUAAUAGAUAUAGUUUUCACAAAGAAAUGUGACCCUGGACCACAAAACCAGUCAUAGGGGGUAAAUUUUUUAAAUGAGAUUUAUAUAAAUAUAAACAAUCUUUCCAUUGAUGUAUGGUUUGUUAGGAUAGGACAAUAUUUGGCCGGGAUACAACUUUUUGAAAACCUGGACUCUGAGGGUGCAAAAAAAAUCUAGAUAUAGAGAAAUUUGCCUUGUUGUCCAAAUAAAGCUUUUUUGAUAUAUAUAUAUAUAUAUAUAUAUAUAUAUAUAUAUAUAUAUAUAUAUAUAUAUAUAUAUAUAUAUUAGGAAAUUAUACCAAAUAUCUUUAUGGAGCAUGAUUCUUAGUAUCCUAAUAAAUUUUUGGCAUAAAGUAAAACUGAUAAUCUUGACCUAUGCAAUGUAUUGUUGGCUACUGCUACAAAUAUACCCCUGCAACUUAUGACUGGUUUUAUGGUCCAGGGUCACAAACAUUACUUUUAAGGGAGUAUGUAUGCAGUUCUUUGUUGCGCAAGAGUUUAUAUAAAGACAUAAAGACAUCCAGAUCUGUAGAAACGUCUUGUGCAACCAAACCACAAUGUUCUUUAAAGGUCCUCUUUUUCCUGAUCCCAUUUUUCAAACUUUAGGUAGUGUGUAAUGUUGCUGUUAGAGCAUAAAUAAUACCUGUGAAAUGAUAAAGCUCAAAGUUUACUGCCAGGCAUUAUAUUUUCUUAAACAAAAGUCCCCUUUCAAAGCCUACAGCAAACGGCCGGUUUGGACUACAGCCCUCUACUUCCUGCAUUAAUGACAUCACUAAAACAGUUUGUUGACUAAACUCCGCCCACAGGAAUACUUCAGUCACUAGCUAACCUCAAACAGCUCUGCUAAACUAAGUUGCUGUCGAAUCACAACACACUAAACAAACUACACAAUCAGAACUUGUUACGUAUUUCUGAAGGAGGGACUUCAUAGAACAAGGAAGACAUAAAACAUUUUUAAACACUAAACAUGAACACGUCGUUAUAUUGUGUACCAUAAAAACAAUCAUAGUUUCAA